AUGGCGUCCCCGCAACACACGGCCUGCGUGGCCCGCACCCCGCGGCCUGUCAGGGCCGCCAGCGUCGUCUGUCGAGCAAGUGCCCGGAGCGACCCUGAUCGCUGCGCGCAGCGCCCACUGGCGGCGCGCGUGGCCGCGUGCCUCGCGGCGGGUCUCUUGAGUGUUUCUCCGCUCGGGGUCGCGCCUGCUAGCGCCGCGAGUCCCAUUUACGACGCUGCGGGGGUCCUCAAGGCGGAGCGCACGCAGCGGCUGGAGGAGAAAAUUCAGGGCAUCGAGGAGCAGUCCGGGUACAAGGUCCGGGUGUUCGCGAAGGACGGAGGCGUGACGGGCCAGGAGGACGUCGACCGCGCGCGCCGCGACUGGAACCCCGACAGCAAGACGAUCAUCAUCACGGUGGACCCCACCGCCCCGAACGUCCUCGACUUCAGACAGGGCGACGAGGUGCGCGACAAGAUUGCCUUCCCCUUCUUCACCGAGCUCCAGGGCCGCUUCGGAAACAUCUUCUACAUCCGCGACAACGGCGUCGCGGCCGCGGUCGACGACACCGUCGAGGCCCUGCGCCUCUGCACGAUCUCGUCCGAGCGCUGCAUCCACGUGCCUGGCGUCGACGAAAACCAGUACGGGUUCACGCUGGCGUUCGCGGUCAUCGCGGGCAUCAUCGCCGGCGCCAGCGCGCGCAUCGAGCCGCAGGGCUUCGUCAAGCGGAAGGGCGCCUUCGCCCUCGUGUUCGCGCCGCUGUGGGGCCCGUUUCUGGUGAGCUACGGGCUUGGGCCGAUUUUGUCGCGGACCGAGGACAGGACGCUGGUGAUCGCGAACAUCGCGGCGUUCUUCGCCGUCGCCGCGAUCGUGGCGCUGCAGGACCGCAUCGGCCGCGGCCUCGGCAUGUCGCCACCGCCGCCAAGCGACCAGUGA